AUGGCUCUGCGCCGAUUCAACGCGGGUGGCAAGAAGCAGAAGGAGCUCACUGAGGAGCAGAAGCAGGAGAUCAAGGAGGCUUUCGACCUCUUCGACACCGACGGCUCCGGAGAAAUCGACUCCAAGGAGCUCAAGGUGGCCAUGCGUGCCCUGGGGUUCGAACCGAAGAAAGAGGAAAUCCAGAAGAUGAUCUCCGACGUGGAUGAUGACGGCUCAGGAACCAUCGGCUAUGAGGAGUUCCUGAAGAUGAUGACCCACAAGAUCUUGAAUCGCGACCCGAAGGACGAGAUUCUCAAGGCAUUCCGCCUCUUCGACGAUGACGAGACGGGCAAGAUCUCUUUCAAGAAUCUCAAGCGCGUGGCCAAGGAGCUGGGGGAGCGGAUGACCGACGAGGAGCUGCAGGAGAUGAUCGACGAGGCCGAUCGCGACGGCGACGGCGAAGUCAACGAGGAGGAGUUCCUGCGCAUUAUGAAGAAGACGAACCUCUUCUGA